AUGGUGAAACUCCUGGAUCCAGUAGACGAAAGCCAACCGCACUGCUACCUCCCACACCAUCCGGUGUUCAAAGAAUCCAGCACCACCACGAAAGUUCGAGUUGUGUUCGAUGCGUCGUGCAAGACGUCAUCUGGAUUCUCCGUGAACGACCUGCAACUAGUUGAACCCAUCGUUCAGGAAGACCUACUGUCGAUCCACAUCAGAUUCCGCAUCCACCAAAUCGCAUUCAUGGCCGAUGUGGAGAAAAUGUAUCGGCAAAUCCUGCUGCAUCAUCUGUUCCGCCGAUACCAACUCAUCCUCUGGUGUCCCAGUCCAGACCUGCCAAUCGCUACGUACGAACUGCAAACCGUAACGUAUAGGUUUGCGUCCUCUCCGUUCCUGGAAACUCGCACGAUCCUGCAGAUCGUGCAAGACGCAGCCGAGAUGUAUCCAGCCGCAGCCGCGGUAGCCCAGAAGGAUUUCUAUGUGGAUGAUUUCCUGUCUGGUGCCGACGAUGUUGAAUCCGCUAUCCACCUACGCCAAGAAAUGUCCACCAUGCUUUCAGCGGCAGGCUUUCCGCUGAAGAAGUGGGCUUCAAACUCGCCUGAAGUUCUAGCCGAUAUUCCCGAAGAUGAUCUAGCCUUUGCGCCGUACCAUGACCUUCAAGACGACCAAUCUGUUUCCACUCUUGGACUCAUCUGGGAACCGAGAUCCGACAUGAUGAGCUUCAAGGUUCAGCUGCCAUUACCAGCACCCGUUUUGACUAAACGGAAAGUUAUGUCUUACGUUGCGCAGAUUUUCGACCCACUUGGCCUGGUGGGACCAAUAAUAGUCAACGCUAAGCUGUUCAUGCAGCUCCGAGUGGAAAGAAUUCCAUGGAACGCUCGAUACAAUCGCCACACUCCGGAUUCCUCGCUGUGUAUCGUUGGCCAACACAACAAUCUUCUGGGCCGUCGAUAUUUCACGACGGUGGAAAAUCCUUCGAAAAGGAACGGGUAA